AUGAGUGGUCCAUAUAGAGGUUCCCGAUGGGCCUCACAAGACGGUAGGCCGCUAGCCAACGGUCGUUUAGGCGCAGAGCUGUCGCCGCCUCGUGGGCUGCACGCUCGGCUGCCAUCGUACGAGGAUCAGCAGGGCCAUGCAGAGCAGGCUCAGACGCAACAGGCUCCGGCGCAGCAGCUGGUAUACUGGGAGCAGCAACAGCAGCAACAGCAGCAACAGCGGCAGCAGCAGCAGCAGGGUCAGCAGCAAUGGCAGGAGCCGCCGCUGCGAAUGCCGCCAGCGCCGGUGCCGUACGGCCAGCGGCAGCACCAGCAGCUGCAGCAGCAGCAGCAACCGCCUCGGCCGGGCCUGAGCGCUCGACCGCGUGCGACAGCCAGUUCGUCCUACGAGCAGCGACCGUCGUACGAGCAGCGGCCAUCGUACGAGCAGCGGCCGUCGUACGAUCACCGACCGCCGUACGAUCACCGUGCGUCGUUCGAUCAACGGCAGUCGUACGAACGAAGGCCGUUAUCCGCAUCUCCCGGUAUCGCCGCGGUUCGUUCGUACAGCACGGACGUCCCUCCCGAUUUUUACAAUCCGCGACCGCUUUCGGCAGCAGCGGGCGUGCCACGUGGCCGCAGUGUGAGCGACGACGAUGGGUAUACCGGAGACGACUCGACGUCAGGUCGACCAAUGGUUGACCGACCCGUGGAAGGCCGACAAACCGGUCCGUCAUCCGGUUAUCCCGCAAACCCUUAUCAGGCCCCUCAUCAGGCCCCUUAUCAGGCUUCUUAUCAGGUCCCUUAUCAGGUCCCUUAUCAGCCGCCGCAGCCGCCGUACCAUCACCCGCAGCUUAGUCCUCACGGCGGCGACAUUGCGUUGAAAAAGCCUCUUAGUCCGAGACAGGUCAGGAGCCCUAGAGCGCUUAGCCCGCUCGCUGCUGCCGCGUUCGGCAUGCGCGGGGGUUACGGCGCGCCGGGGAGGGGGAAUGAGGAGUGCGUGUACGGGGAAGACGAGGAGGGGGAGGAGGAGGAAGGCCGCGAGCGCAGCUUGCGCGCGGGGAUAUUGAGAGGCGCGGCGGCGCUGAGGGAGCGGCAAGCGGGGUCGUCGGACGACGGCGCGAGUACCUCCCCCACGUCUAUUGGCUCCCCCGGGGUUCUGCCGGGCGGGGGCGCGGGAUGGAGCGGAGGGGCCGGCGGAGGAUUAGGCGGCGCAGGCGGAGGAUCUGACCCGUCAAAUCGUCCUAGCACUGCGAGCAGCACCAGCAGCACCAUGAGCGGCGGCGGCGGCGGGUUUGGCGGAGGGUUUGGCGGAGCGGGGAGUAGCAGCAGCAGCAGCAGCAGCACGGGGGUGACGGUGAUACGCGGAGUCAUGGCCGGCGGAUCCGUGGGUAGAAGCGGGGGAACAACCCUAGCGGGAAAGCAGGUGGUGAUUCGAAUUCGACCAAGAGGCGGCUCCAUAGACGCGUCGCACGGAGUGGGUUCCACCAGCAGCAGCAGCGGCGCUGGCGGCGGCGACGGCGGCGGCGGCAGCGCGGCGGACGUAGGCAGUGGCGCGGCGGCAGCGGGUUUCACGGCGACGGUGACGGCUGUGCUUCCGGCGGGCGCGGGGUCCCCCCGUUCCCCGUCCAGCGCGCGCAAACGGGAGGCGGGGGGGGCGGGCGCGCCUGGCGCGGGCGGAGGGAGGCUAGAGGGGGUAGGUAGGCACACAUUCGCAGCAGGCAGCACAGGCGGCGAUGGUGCUACGGAAGGCGGGUAUUCCCGAGAGGCCAACCUCACUCUCCCUGGCAAGCGAACCGACGCCUCGGCCGAACCUAGGUUCAAAGGUGUGACGCGGUUAGGCUCGGUGGCGGCUGCCGAAGCAGCAGCCGCGGCAAUUGCGGUGGCAGACGCGGCGGCUGUAGCGCAGGCGGGGAAAGCGGGGUGGGAGCCGCCUCUCAGCCCCCCAGGGGUGCCCGCCAUCCCCGCGGAGGGCCGUCUGAGCAGCGAGGGAGACGUUUUUCUUGAGUAUCUGCGCAAGGCGGGCGAGGGGAGGGCAGCUGCGCAGUAUGACGUGGCAGUGUGCUACGGAGGGGGCUUUGGCGUGAAGCAGGAUAAGUCCCUCGCCGCGUACUGGUUCCGAAAGGCGGCAGAGCAGGGAUUGGCGCGCGCACAGUACGCUCUAGCAGAGUGCUACGAGGCAGGCGCGGGCGUUGAGAGAGACGAAGAGGAGGCCUUCCGGUGGUUCUUCCGGGCGGCGAGCUUCGGCAGCGGCAAGUACUUAGUCAAGCUGGGGCUGUGCUUUGAGCGGGGGUUCGGCGUGACAGAGUGUCCUGUAGCGGCGCUGUACUGGUACCACAAGGCGGCGGAGCAGGGGCCGAAAUUCGCAGCGCAGGUGGAGAAGCGCAUGGAGGUGCUGCAGCGGCAGCGGGAGGAGGAGAUCAUGAGCGCGCGGGGGGAGGGCGUGCCGGUGGAGUGCAUCUGCCCGCUGACAGGCAGGAUGAUGGAGGACCCGGUGGAGCUGCCUGAGACGGCCGUGUGCUGUGAGCGCGCCCAGGUCAAGACGUUCUGGGACCACUGCGAACUCAGAUGCCCUGUUACCAACCAGGUGGGUGGGUUACAAACCAGGUGGGUGGGUUACAAACCAAGUGGGUGGGUUACCAACCAGGUGGGUGGGUUACCAACCAGGUGGGUGGGUUACCACCCAGACUCCACACUCCCUCUGUUUGUCUCUGCUCUUCAACCAUCCCUUUCAGGCUUCCUCCUCUCAUGUUUAAACCCUUCACCCUUUGAAAUCCCAGUGCAAGCGGCAGGCGGAGCAGGAGGCGCUACAGGGGCCAGUGGGGCCUCCAAUACGAGCUCCUCCCUUUCUCCCCAUCCCUCCCUCCCCCUCUCCCCCCCUCUUCCCCCGCUCCAGCGCAAGCGGCAGGCGGAGCAGGAGGCGCUACAGGGGCCAGUGAGGCCUCGGGCGUCCACCUGCCAGGCAGUCUCGGGCGAUGAGUGGGGGGCGGAAGGGGAAGACGAGGGGGAGCACGGCCGGGCUUAUGGGCCGCACGAGGAGGAGGAGGACGAGGAGGACGAGGAAGGGGAGGAGGGUGUGGGUGGGACGGCGGUGGACAAGGGUUAUACUUCUAGUGAGUACGACAGGAGCGAGGAUAGAUCGUCAGACAGUGAGGGGUACAGGGAGGGGGCGGACAGGGAGAGGAGCAGGAAGGGGGCAGACCGUAGGAGUAGUAGCCCUAGAAAGGGGUCAGGGAGGGGGCGAGGUAGCAGCAGCAGGGGGAGGAGGGAUGAAGAUGGGUCGGACUAUAGUGACAGUGACUACAGCCAUAGUGACUCUGACGAGGGGGAAGGCGAUGAGAGGGGCAGAGGUGGCAGGGGCAGGUCCAGUGGAGUGGCAGACAGGAGCCGGGAGACAAGCUUCAAGUCAAGAGAGGGGGACAGCGAGGAGGAGGGCGAGGAUGGAGAGGAGGGAGAGGUGGCCGUGGGGCGGGCGUUGGCUCGUGAUUCGUCCCGCGACCUGUCUCACAGCUACAGCCGAGGCUCCUCCUCCCGGGCGUACAGUGAGAGCGUGCCAUCUGAGCCGUCCAUGCGCCGAGAUGCGUCCCUGGACGAGCCUAGGAGAGUCAAGGUGUCCAUGCCCCGGGGUGGGUCAGUCGGUGGGUCUGUGAGAGGGGAGGGUGUUGUGAGGAAAGAAGGGUACUUGUCUGGUGAGGAGGACGGAGACGGGGGAGAGGGGCUUGGUGUGAGUAAGGGCGAGGAGGAAGAGGGUGGAGAGAGGGAAUGGAAGGGGGAGGAGCUGAAGGGAAGUGUGGGCGGAGUGGGAGUGGGUGAGGUUGAGGGGUUGGGGAUUGGUGGCGUCGAGACGGGGGAGUCAGGAGAAGGGUUGGAAGCGGAGGGAUGGGAGGAGGAGGAGGGGGAGGGGGAGGGGGAGAAGAGGGAUCCGACGGAGCUGCUACUGGAGGAGCUGGCUCAGGCCGAGCUGGACUAUGGCUUCCCUGGGGCUAAUGUGAGUGCUCUUAUCACAGAGCGCUCUUAUCACAGAGUGCUCUUAUUACUGGUGCUCUUAUCACUGGUGCUCUUAUCACUGGUGCUCUUAUCACUGCAUCUCAAUGUCCACACUUCUCUGCCUGUCCCUCUAUCUCUCCUCCCCCGAUCCCACCCUCUGGAGGCGAGUCCCACCAGCACCGAUCACAGCACAGUCACACCAGCAUUCUUCAUGGCACGACCGCCUGCCUGCUGCCGCAUCGCUUCCGUCCGCCCUAUGCACGUGAUCCGCGCGCUGCCGUGCGCUGUGAGUCCGCGCAUGGUGAGUCGGUGGAACAGCACGCGCGAGGACAGCCUGCAGGCCGUCAAGAGCGUCGUGGCCGAGGCGGAGCCAGUGAUCGACUGUGGGCCGCGGUGGGCGCUGGCACGGUACCUGGAGGUGCUGGAGAAGCUGCUGCUCGUGCAGCGGGAAGCUGGACAGAACCUUCUGGGGUCGUGUGCAGGGGGGCCGGGCGGCUCGGGCAGGGGAGCGGGGGAGGGCGAGGGGGAGGUGUGGGAGGCGGUGGAGGCACUGGAGGGGCUGUGUGCACGGGGGGUGCAGCAGCUGCUGUAUGACUUCAGGGCCGCGCUGCUGGCCUGCAGGUACGGUGCGGUGGAGGCGUUGGUGGGGCUGUGUGCGCGCGGCGUGCAGCAGCUGCUGGACGACUUCAGGGCUGCUCUGCUCGCCUGCAGCCAGCCGCUAGACACAGCAGAGCUACACGAGGCGGCAGCAGCAGCAGCAGCCCACUCGUCCCGCGCCUCCUCCUCCGCCCAUCAGGUUCCCGCCCACGCGCCCCCCGCCUCCUCCCCUUCCACCUCCGCCUCCCCUGCCCCUGCCGUCACCACCCUCUCCUCCAAGUCUGGCCCGCUCCCUACCGCCACUGCUAAGCCCAAGGGGCACGCGCACAAGGGGGGUGGGGGGUCUGCAAGGGAAGGCGGGGAGGAUGGGGGAAGGCACUCCGCCCCCUUCCCCUCGCCUGCCCAUGCUGACAGGCAUGGCGCUUCUGGUGCCGGUGUCAGUGGUGUUGCUAGUGGUGGUGCUGCGGGUGCUGGUGAUGGGACGGGGUCGUUGGUUGGUGAUUCUGUUUCUGCGACUGGGAGUGGGACAGGGAACAGUAUUCACAGGAGUGGUAGUGGGGGCGGCGGGGGGAGUGGGAGGGGGAAGGGGAGGGAGAGGGAGGGGAGGCUGAUGAGGAGGCCCACCAAGUGGGUGGGGGCGGACAAGGCAGCGGUGGGGCUGCGGCAGGUGGUGCAGGUGCUGGCUAGAGCAGGCCACUUCGACCGCUGCUUUGACAUUUACAGGUCAGUGAGGGAGGACUGUGUGCGGGAGACAAUAAAGGCAUUAGAGGUGGAGCCUAUAAGGGGUACGGCGCACGUGAACCAGCUGCCGUGGCAGCAGCUGCAGCACAUCAUGACGGACUGGCUUAGAGACUGCCGCCUGCUGCUGCGCACGAUAAUGGAGGAGGAAUUCUCCCUCGCCACUUCCAUCUUCGGCAUACUGCACUCCACCGCACAGAACCGCACUGCCAGCCGCCGGGAACCCUCCCAACUCCUGCAAACCCCUUCCUCCACCUCCUCCACCACAGCCACCAACACAGCCUUUUCCAACCCUCGCCUCCCCAGCCACCGAUCCUCCAGCAUCCGAACCACAGCCAGCAAGUCCGGGAGGUCCGGGAGCACCCGGACCUUGAGGCUCGGCGACGAGGCUGCGGCAGACUCAGGGAGGGCGAUCUCCCUCAAGAUAUUGCGGCAGGCAGGGAUGCCGCGCACGCUGUCAACGCUGAUGCACAACGCCAACACGCUCACGGCUGCCCAGGCCACACCAGAAAGGCUUUUCCUGCUUCUCGACAUGGCUGCUACUGUAGAAGAACUCAUGCCUCAGGUGGAGCGGCUGGUGUGCUGGUCCGAUAGUGAAGGGCUGCUGGCGGAGUGGCGGGGGCUGACACGCGGCGUGGCGAAGGCGGUGCUGGGCACGUUUGAUGCUCUCACUGCCACGCUGCAGGUGCCCGUGGAGCAGCCCCGGCGGAACAAGUGGCGGUUGUUCCGAGGAGAGGGCAGCAGCAGCGCCAAGGAGGGCGGGGGAGGGAGCGGGUACCCACCGGGAUGGGGCGUGGAGAAGAGUGGAAGCGUGCAUGCCGUCACCAGCUAUGUCAUCAACUACAUUGCCACCUACCUGGGCAGGAGUGCCACGUCAUCGCGGGCGUAUGGGUACGGCACGAUGCUGGAGAAGCUGCUGGAGAUGCAUGGGCAGGGGAGGAGUAUGGAGGAGGAAACGAUGAAGGUGGUUGACGCAUUAGUACGGAACAUGGAGGCCAGGGCUGGCACGUGCAACAACCCUCUUCUAAAGUCCCUCUUCCUCGUCAACAAUAUCCUCUACAUCAACCGGUUGAGUGAAAAGAUUCACCUGCCCCUGGAGAAUCAGAAGCUGCUUGAGGCCCAAUCAAAGGCCUUCAGAGAGGCCGGGCUGCAGAAGGUGACGGCAUCGUUGGGCGGGCGCGGGAGGAGUGCUGCCAUGGAGCCAAGUGAAGUCAACAGGCGCCUGCACCGCUUUAACAUAGCCUUUGAGGACCUGGCGUUGGAGCAGAAGGACUGGGUGAUCUGCGACGGCGCGUGGCGCAAGACCACGGUGCACGAGUGGGCGGCACACCUCAAGCACCUCUACGAGGAGUUCCUGGAACCCCACAGUGAGUGCCUGCACCCGCUCUCCUCCUACCACUGGAAGGCAGGCGCCAUCAGGAACCUCAAGCACUUCUCCAAACCUACCUCCACCCCUUACCCCAUACAUACUCCCACCUCAUGUACUCUGCCCAUCCCCCCCCUCUGUGCAGUGAGUGUCUGCACUCACGCUCCUCCGAUCACUGGAAGGCAGACGCUAUGGAGCGGCUCGUGCUCAAGCACUCUUUCUGUGCGUGCACUGAAACCAACGCACCCUCCCUUCCCUUGCCCACACUCUCCCACCCACUUCCUCGUCCUGUGCAGUGAGUGCCUGCACACGCUCUCGUCCUACCACUGGGAGGCAGACGCCAUGGAGCGCCUCGUGCUCAAGUCUUUCUUUGCAACCUCCAGAUGA